AUGGCGGACGGCGACCGGACGCCCACAGGCGCGCAGAGCAGCGAGCCGCCCACCACGACGGCAGAGUUGGCGCGCAGGCGCAUCCCCAGCACCGCGCCAGCCACCAGCUACGGUACUGUUUCCCACCGAGUAUCCGCGCAGUGCCAGGCGCGCGCAUGGCCCGCCACAGGCUCCAUCACGUCCUCGAUCGACCGACGCCUGCAGAGCAUGACGCCACCGGAGCAGCCCGCCUCGAAGCCCAAGAAGCCCCCGAUGAGCCGCCGCGCGACGUCAUCCAAGUUCCCUCGCAAGGGCCAAGAGUUCAGUGUCGACGACGAGGCCGACGAGGUGCAGGCCGAGACCGAGCAGCAGCUCAAGGAAGCCAAAGAGCAGAAGCGCCAAGGCCAGACGUUGCGCCGCAAGCCCUCGAAUCUUCGCCGCCCCGCUGGCGCAGCCCGCGGCACCACCCUCACGACCAUUGAGUCCACAGAGGACGAUGCGGCCGACGACGAGGCUGCGGGCGCACCGGCCGAGCCAGAAGCACAGCCCGCCAGCGAGGAGGAGGAGACCAUACGUGCUGACGACGAUGACGACAGCGCUAACGGCAACGACGAGGAUGACGAGGCCGACUUGAGCGAUGCUGAGAGCUUCACCCUCAAAGACCGCCAGGACGCCAUCAACGUGACGCAUCCUUUUGGUAUCAGGAUCUGGAAGCCCGCCUUGUACAAGAAGGGGCGUUCGGUCCAGCGCAACGCCGAGGCAGACAUCCACUCGAACCCCGGUCUGUUCGUCAGCAGAUGGUUGCUCCUGUUCAACCUCGCCUGGACCCUGUUCUUCGGCUGGUGGCUGGCCCUCGUCGCAGCUGCUGGUGCGCUGUUGUGUGCCGUCCUCGCCUUUGACGAGAGCUGCAAAGAGUACUCGACGCUGCUCUACCAUCUUUCCGUGUACCUCUUUUACCCCUUCGGAAGAUAUGUCAAGCUCCUGCAAGACGAUCAGUACGCGGACGAGGAUGAGGGUGAGGGCCGCAGCAUCAGCGAGUACGAACAGUGGCAGAGCGGAGAUAUCGAGGAAGGGCGACUCUUCUUCGGUCCCAACGCCGGCCUCUCCUCUCUUGUCGGUCGCCGUCGCAACAGUAUCGAUUCGACUGGUGGGGAGACCACGAGUCUGCUUGGCCGUGAUGGCCGGGCCAACAUCGUGCACCCGGACGCAGUGAGGACAAAGAACCGCUUCUUCGGACGUGGAAAGUGGAACCUUGGUCGUGUGGUCUUCUACGUCUACUUCUACGGCAUCGUCACCCCGGCUUUCUUCCUGGUCUCGGCAGUCUGCUGGUUUUUGGUCUUCUCCAUUCCCAUGGGCAAAGUCAUGCUACUUCUCUUCGAUCACCUUCGUCGCCAUCCGCUGGCUCUGUCUUUCCACUCGGAUAGCGGCAAUGUUCGUCGCCCCGGCGAGUCAUCUUCCAUCCUCUUGUGCACCUACCGCGCUGUCGGCAUCAAGUACUGGAAGUACACCAUUGAUGGCACAAACAUUUUCCUCAUCAACCUGCUCGGACUCGUUGCUUUCACCAUCUUCGAUUACUUCAUCUUGUCUGAGACGUUGGGAUACAAGAUCUGGAUAACGGAUACUCUGCUCGUCUUCGUACUGGCGCUUUUGUCCAUCAUCCCCCUGGCAUACUUCAUCGGGCAGGCUGUUGCUUCCAUCUCCGCUCAAUCGUCCAUGGGCGUAGGCGCGACUAUCAACGCCUUCUUCUCCACGGUUGUAGAGGUCUUCUUGUAUUGCGUGGCACUCAAACAGGGCAAAGCACAGCUCGUGGAAGGAAGUAUCAUUGGCAGCAUCUUUGCUGGUAUCUUAUUCUUACCAGGACUGUCAAUGUGUUUCGGUGCGCUCAAGCGGAAGACACAGCGCUUCAACGUCAAGUCAGCAGGUGUCACCUCGACAAUGCUGCUCUUCGCCGUGAUCGGUGCCUUUGGUCCAACACUGUUCUAUCAGAUUUAUGGCAGCCACGAACUUAACUGUCGCCAGUGCGUGCACGUUCAUCCGCACAUGGGCCACAUCGAGUCAAGCGCCGAAAGAGACUGUCGUAGGUGCUACUAUUCGCAAACGCCAGCACUUCACGAUCGCUUCUACAAUGAAGCAGUCAAGCCCUAUACCUGGAUAUCUGCGGCAUUACUAUUCUUGUCUUACGUCGUUGGACUGCUUUUCACUUUACGCACACACGCCGCAACCAUCUGGAGCAAUGAGCCGGACGAGAAAGAGAAGAAGCCUAUGGACACGGUAGCGAACAGUCUGAGCAAUAGCGGCCACCUGGAAUUUCCUCACUCGACCAUGUCCCGGACAGCAACCGGCCAAUCGGUAUCUCGUGCCCACAUUCGCGAAACCCAGCUCUAUAAGCGUAUCGUAGGCCAGACGCAACACGAAUUUGGCCUGGGUCCAGAAGGCCAGCCUCUCGUCGGUAGCCCGCCCAACAACAGGGUAGACGGGAACAUACCUCACCUUGUCCCACCCAAGGACAGCAAUGAGCACGAACACUUCCACGUCGAGGGACUUUCAGACGAGGCAAGUGAUGCGCUCGUCCGCCACAUCACCGAGAUCGCUGCGACAACUACUGCCCUGGCCACGCGUGAUGUGACCAGGGCGCCACACAAGGCUGCAAGGAUGGUCAGCACACCGAGCAAGAGUGACCGGCAGCAUCACCCUCGCACUGCAACCGCUGCUGCCGAAGGCGCGACGGAGGAGCAUGAUGUCGGGGCCGGACAACCCGCAGGUGGGCACGAUGCACCAAACUGGAGCCGAGGAAAGAGUGCAGCCAUUCUUUUGACUGCCACUGUUGCGUACGCCAUCAUUGCUGAGAUCCUCGUCGACACUGUGGAUUCAGUCCUGGAGGGUUCUGACAUUGAUGAAAAGUUCCUGGGCAUUACCCUUUUCGCUCUGGUACCCAACACAACCGAAUUUCUAAACGCCAUCUCCUUUGCCAUGAACGGCAACAUUGCAUUAUCUAUGGAAAUCGGCUCAGCCUACGCCCUGCAGGUCUGUCUUCUUCAGAUCCCUGCGCUUGUUUUUUACAGCGCGCUGCAUGCUACGAACAUCGACGCUGGACAACUUGCCAAGGAGACUUUUACACUCAUCUUCCCGCAGUGGGACAUGGCCACGGUCAUUCUUUGCGUCUUCCUUCUCUCGUACAUGUACGGUGAAGGUAAGAGCAACUACUUCAAGGGAUCCAUCUUAAUCCUCAGCUACUUCGUUGUUAUUGUCGGCUUCUACUUCUCUGGCUUCACAGACCUCGAUCGCCUCGGGAUCAACCCGGAUGACCGUUUGGCCCUUGGAGGGCUGGUCAGACAGGAGGUUCAGUCAAUGACCUUCAAAACUAUGGGCAGGGGAAGGAGCGGUAUAGCUUAUUGA